AGACUUUGAGGACACCGGUCCAAAGGGAAUCUAGACAAGCACACCCAAGUGGGGUGCGGGGGGGGGAGGAAUAGGGAACAAAGGCUCCGCGCAGGAGAGGGUACGGGAAAGAGGACCACGGGGAGGUCACAGGGUCCGCUUCUCACCCGCAAGUUCACCGAGCCCCGCCCGCUGCCAAAGGAGGACACGUGACCCGCACAGAUUCUUCCGCGCCUGCGCCAUGAAGGCACCAGCCAACCAGGCAGCCGGCCGUAGGAAUUUAGGAGAACCGAGUUCCGGGCAAGAUUGGACGGGCAUCUGCCAGAGCUGAGCUGCGCUUCCCUAGCCCUGGGGACCCCAACCUCCGCCGCCACCAUGGUACGCUGCAGCUGCUCCUUCCUGAGGAAGUAUGGAAACUUCAUGGACAACCUAAGACUCUUUACAAAAGGAGGAGCUGGUGGAAUGGGUUAUCCUCGAUUAGGCGGAGAAGGAGGAAAAGGUGGUGAUGUCUGGAUUGUAGCCAAAAAGAGAGUGAACUUAAAACAAAUUAAGGAUAAAUAUCCCCAGAAACGGUUUGUAGCAGGAGAUGGAGCAAAUAGUCGAAUCAGUGCUUUAAAGGGAGAAAAAGGCCUCGAUUGUGAAAUUUCUGCACCGGUGGGCAUCAUAGUAACUGACGAGAGAGGCCAAAUUAUAGGAGAACUCAAUAAAGAGGAUGACAAAAUUUUAAUAGCACAAGGAGGACUUGGGGGUAAUUUGCUUUCAAAUUUCUUGCCAUCCAAGGGCCAGAAAAGAAUAAUUCAUCUUGAUCUAAAACUUAUAGCUGACAUAGGCCUAGUAGGAUUUCCAAAUGCUGGAAAAUCUUCUUUACUAAGUAAAAUUUCCCAUGCAAAACCUGACAUUGCAGAUUAUGCAUUUACAACAAUAAGACCUCAGUUGGGAAAGAUUAUGUAUAAUGAUUUAAAACAGGUAUCUGUAGCUGAUCUUCCAGGUUUAAUAGAAGGAGCACAUCUGAACAAAGGAAUGGGACAUAAAUUCCUCAAGCACAUAGAAAGAACCAAACAGCUUCUUUUUGUUGUUGAUAUCACUGGAUUUCAGCUUUCUUCAAAAACUAAAUUCAGAUCUGCCUUUGAAACUGUAAUAUUGCUUACAAAGGAACUAGAGCUUUACAAAGAGGAUCUUAUGAUGAAACCUUCACUACUUGCAGUUAAUAAAAUGGAUUUACCAGAUGCAAAAGACAAAUUCAGUGAACUUGUGAAGCAACUACAGAAUCCUAAAGAUUUUUCACAUCUCUUUGGAAAAGAUGAAAUUCCAGGGAAAAAUAUGGAGUUUCAGCAUAUCAUCCCAAUAUCUGCACAAACAGGAGAAGGGAUUGAAGAACUAAAGAACUGUCUAAGAAUCUCUCUAGAUGAACAAUCCAAUCAGGAAAAGGAAAAGUUCUCUGAAAAACAAUUGCUUAAUUUACGAAAUUCAAAUUUGUUAUAUAGUGAUCUAUCAUCGAAAUAUGCUAAUGUGGAAAUAACUGAAUUUCAUUAAAUAUAAUUAAAACAUUAUACUAUUAGUUAUGUUAGAUUAAACCGAAGAUUCCUUCCCACUCAAUAUGUGACAAUUUUGUGACACCGAUUAUUUUUAUGAAUGGCACAUGAAAGUGUCUUUCCAAUUCUUCUGUUCUUUUCACGUGUCAUCUUUAAGAACCUUGCCUUUUAUAGCACAAUUUGCAAUGACAAGAAAUAAAUUAAGGUAUUCAAGAAA